UUACCAUUCAAUCAUCAACUUCAUUGAUCCGUUUUUAAUUUUUGACUAAAAUAAAAAUUGAUUUAAUAUAUAUAAUAUAGAAUAAAAUAUAGAAUAUAGUUUAAGUUUAGACUAUCUUUCAUCUACAUUAAUUAAAUACAGAAAAACAAGAUGAGCUCCGGAGGAACUCGCGUUUACGUAGGCGGUCUGGUGGAGGGAAUCAAGAAGGAGGAUUUAGAGCGGGAGUUUGACAAAUACGGAAAACUAAACUCCGUGUGGGUCGCACUUAACCCCCCAGGUUUUGCAUUUAUCGAAUUCGAGAACAUGCAGGAGGCGGAGGAUGCGUGUAGCGCGAUGAACGGUUUUGAGAUGCUAGGCGCGACAUUAAAAGUAGAAUUAUCGAGAAAACGAGACGGCCCACGCCGCGGCGGCGGCAAUUUCCGAGGGGGGCGCGGGGGAAGCUUCAGGGGCGGGCGUUCCUUCGGGGGCUCCUCGGGUGGCGGCGGCGGUGGCGGUGGCGGCAGGUCCUAUGGCGGCGGCAGACCCUUCAACCGAAACGGCAACGGUUAUGGCUCCGGCGGCAACGGGGGCAAUUUCAGAUCUAGGUCGCCACUGUCUCGGUUUUAAUUUAAUUCUAGAAUAAAUUUAGGUUUAGUGUUAACGUAAUCUGAAGCCUUCCAAGUGUUAAUGAAAUUCGAUGUUUUGUUCAAUACUGGGGGGUUUAAUGCUUUUGAGAUUGAUGAAGUUGAUGUCAUUGGAGGACGAGGUCAAUGGAAUAAUUCCAACCUGGAUUCCAGUAAUACAUCAAGACAAAGGAAUGAACAAUCUUCAGUAUAUCUUUAACAUUUUACCUAAGCACCUAAUGGGCUAAGUUUCCUUAUUGUAUAAAUAAAUAAAAAACACAAAUUCCAA